AUGGUCUGUGACUACCGCGCCCUGAACAGGAUUAAGAUUUCUGAUUCAAAGCCUUUGCCGUUGAUUGACGAGACCUUGGACCAAGUUGCAGGAGCGCGUAUAUUUUCUCAAAUUGACCUUAUAGGAGCCUACCAUCAAAUGCGCAUUCGCGACUUAGAUUGCCCGAAGACGGCAAUUCGUACGCGCUUCGGAACUUUCGAAUGGCGGGAAGAACACAAACAACACCUCCGUAGUUUGUUCAAGAUAUUACGCGCAAAUAAGCUCUACGUGCGUAGCUCCAAAUGUCACAUUGGUGUAAGUGAGGUCGACUUUCUGGGAUACCACGUCAGCUCCCGAGGAGUAUCUAUGCAGCGCAGACUUGUCGAUGCCAUAAUUGAGUGGCCCGCCCCUACAUCAGCUCAGGAGUGCGGACAUCCAGUGGCUUUCUUAUCUCACCGGUUGUCGAACACAGAAACGAACUGGGAUACUGGAGAUCAAGAACUCCUCGCUUUCAUCAUCGCCUUCCGAGAAUGGAGUCAUAGAUGGCUAGACACGUUGCAAGAAUUUUCUUAUGAUGUGGAACAUAUCCCCGGUCGUCUUCAUACAGUUCCUGAUGCGCUGAGCCGUCGACCAGACCACAUGAAAAAUACCUUGUCCUUCAAGCAUAUGCAAUUGAAAGAUCCAGGAAUCAUUAAUCAAAUACAGGAAGGAUACCGUUGUGACGAGUGGGCGCAGACAAUAAUUACUGCAGCGAAAAUACAAGUACCCAACUACAAGUAUCCGAAUGGUCUUCUAUACUGGCAGGGAAAUGGCAACUGUCGUCUAUACGUUCCUAGUGCAGGAGAUCUCCGCCAAUCCAUAAUCCACGAUUUUCAAAAGACUGGUCAUCUUGGACUGGAUAAGACGUACAACUUUUGUGCUCCCCAAAUGUAUUGGCCUAAGAUGUACCAAGCAAUUACAAAAUUUGUCACAGCAUGUAAGGAGUGCCAAAUUAACAAGACACCACAUUCCAGCAAACCAGGAUUACUUCAGCCUCCUGAAAUACCCACCAGAUGCUGGGACAUUGUCACUUGUGAUUUUCUCACUGAACUUCCAAAAACCAAUCGAGGGUUCGAUGCAAUUCUUGUGAUUGUAGACAAGUUAUCUAAGCGGGCACUUUUCGAACCGCUAAAAAAUCAUGCUCAGCGGCAGACGUGUUUCAAAAUUUCAACGAUAGACUCUUCGCGAAGCGCGGAGCUCAAUCUAAGCACUGCUCAUCAUCCACAAACGGACGGUCAAUCGGAAAAUCUUAUUCGCACUCUAUCGUCUAUGUUGCGGCAUUCAAUUCAGCGAGCCCCCAAUGAAUGGGAUACAAUCUUAAGCAAUUUCGACUAUGUUUACAACGGUUCCAAGAACAGCAGUACAGGUCUAGCGCCAUUUGAGAUAGACCUUGGCCGCAUACUGCACGCUCCGAUGACUCGCCCCCUUACGGACUGCACAAUACAGUGUGCAGGCGCUAUAGAGACCUCGGAACGUCGCAAAGCAUUCAAUCAAAUCGCCAAGGAAGACUUAGCUAAUGCCCGUGCUCGGCAGAAGUUUUACGCGGACAAGACCCGCGUGGACCUCAGGUUCAACGAAGGUGACCUUGUUAUGCUCCGAACUGAAGGAUAA